GUUUGAGGCGUUUCUGAGCCCGAUGAAGUGCCGUCACGAGAUUGUUGACCUGUGUCUACAGACUCUCAUGGAAGGUGCCAGGAAUCAGUUGAGUCUGAAGAGCAUUUCUACAUAUAAACCAUAUGGAAGCUCAAGCUUUGUUGAUAGCACAAAAAGACUUUGAUAUUGAACAGCCAUGUUCUGUCCCCGCAGCCCAACCCAUUUUGCCCCAGACUUCCAAAUCAGCUCUUACAAGUCCUCCGUGGAAUCUUGCGAUUGGUCGAGUGCUUUCGUUUCGCGCCACCUUGGGUGCUCUUCCCGGAAAGUCCUUAGCUCCUGACACAUGUGGGAGCUAUCCUGCUCUCUAAAGAGCAGCCCACCCAUGCCAAAAUUAAACCCGGCUUCCUGAUGGUCUGC